AUGUUUGGUGAGCUCGUAUGCGGCCCGCCAGGGAGCGGCAAGACGACGUACUGCGAGGGCAAGCGGCAGUUCCUGAGCGUGUACGACCCGACCCGACCAGUCGUCAUGAUGAACCUCGACCCCGCUAACGAGGACAUCUUUCCAUACCCGUGCGAUGUCGACAUCCGCGAACUCGUUGACCACGCCACCGUUAUGCAGGAGGAGGGGCUGGGCCCCAACGGCACAUACUUGUUCUGCGCUGCAGUGAUGCAGGCAAACGUGGACUGGGUCCUUUCCACGGUGGAGGAGGCGGUAGAGCGACGCGUGCAGGAGGUUCUGGCGACGGAGAUGACCGCCACCGGUGCCAAGACGUUAAGAGCACCGUACCUUCUCAUCGACUGCCCUGGGCAGGUGGAGUUCUACGUCGACGCGCAAGUCAUGCCGACUCUCACUCGUGCUCUGGCGAAGAGGCUGCAGUGUAGCUUGUGUACGGUGCACCUUGUUGACGCUGGCAUUGCGACGCGCGACCUGCCGACGUACGUCUCCUCGUGUGUGCUGUCACUAGCGACGAUGAUCGAUCAUGAGCUGCCACACGUAAACGUGUUGAGUAAAUGGGACACGCUGCCGGCCGAGGUGCUGGAGGACACCGGCGACGAUGGCGAGACCUACCUCAAAGCGUCCGCGAUGCUCUCCGAGAACAUGGAUCGGCUGUGGCGGCGGCAACUGCAGCGCCGCCGGCAUGAGCAUCGCAUGGCGCAGCACUUCGUGACCGCUGCGCAGCCGGUGCCUCAGUUGACGCCUGAGGAGCGCGCCGAAGAUGCGCAGCUGACCACGAUUGAUCUGCCGAAGCACGGCGGCCGUGUGUACCGCUACACCCGGCUAUUGAUGGAUGUGGUUGAGGGCUACGGACUUGUCGGCUACGUACCGCUGGACGUGCAAAACCAGGAGAUGAUGCUGCGCCUCACGCAAGAGGUGGACAACGCGAUCGGUAACUUCUGA